AUGUGCGGGCGCUUUACCCAGUCCUCGUCCUGGGAGGAGACCGCCGAACUCUUCGACCUUGAGGAAAUCCCGGAGGAUCUGCCCCCCCGUUACAACGUGGCGCCGACCCAGCUUGCGGCGGUGGUGCGGAACGAGGGCGUCCGCCGCCUCCGGAUGCUCCGCUGGGGGCUGAUCCCGAGCGGAGCCCGGGAUCCGUCGAUCGGGAAUCGGCUCAUCAACGCCCGCGCCGAGACGGCCGGUGUUCGGCCGUCCUUCCGGGACGCGUUCCGCGAGAGGAGGUGCCUCGUCCCGGUGGACGGUUUCUUCGAGUGGGAGCGUCUCGGGCGGCGCCGGCAGCCCUGGCUCUUCCGCAUGCGCGAAGGCGGCGCGUUCGCGCUCGCCGGUCUCUUCGAGCGGUGGCGCGCGCCGCCGCCGGAACUUCUGGAGACCUUCACCAUCCUCACGACGGACGCGAACGAGGUCGUGGGCCCAAUCCACGAUCGGAUGCCCGUCAUCCUGCACCCCGACACCUUUGAUCGGUGGCUCACAGGCGGCGAGGUGCCUCUCGGGCCCUAUCCGUCCGCCGCGAUGGCGGCCUUCCGGGUCAGUUCCCUGGUGAACAAUCCCGCGCACGACGACCCGCGUUGUAUCGAGCCGCUCGAGGCGCGAGCUGAGAGCGGAACGGGCCGCUCCGGGGGCAACUCGCCGCCCAGCCUCUUCGGCGGCCCAACAACCCGCUGA